AUGAUUUUUUUGGUAAUUGCCGCUCUGGCGCUGGAGAAUCUUGCAGUUGCAGGUGUAGUCUUGGACCCCUGCUCUGCGUACAUCAGCUUGAACGAACCGUGGAGGAACACAGACUACCACGUCAACCAGUCGUCCGGCGUGCCCCUGUGUGACAGCCACGUCUCCGGUGAAUGGUAUCGCUUCACAGGCAUGGCCGGGGAUGCCAUGCCCACCUUCUGCAUCUCCGAGAAUCACUGUGGCACACACGCCCCCAUUUGGCUCAAUGGCAGCCACCCAAAGCUCCAUGAGGGCAUCAUCACCCUGCCUGUCUGCGCCAGCUUCAGCAACAACUGCUGCCAGUGGAACGCCAGCGUGGAUGUGAAGGCCUGUCCUGGAGGAUACUUUGUGUACCGCCUGCCAAGGCCCUCAGUCUGCUUCCAUGUGUACUGUGGCCAUUUCUACGAUAUUUGCGAUGAGGCCGAUUGCACGGGUCCCACGUGUCCGCAGUCUGACUGCCGCUGUGCCCCUGGAAAUGUCCUGGGACCAGACGGACAAACAUGCCUGGAUGUGAACGAAUGCGAUCAGGGCAACGGUGGCUGUGCAGAGGUAUGCGUGAACACCAAGGGCUCUUGGCGCUGUGAGUGCGGACGAGGCCGUGUGCUGGAUGAGGAUGGACGCACCUGUAGAGAGAUAGCAGGCUGUCAUGUUAACAAUGGAGGCUGCAGUCAUGGCUGCUCCGCUCUGCUGGACUCCUAUCAGUGCCACUGUCCCAGAGGGCUGGAGCUGGGAGAGGACAAGCGCACGUGUCAAGUUCCUGUCCAGUGUGAUUCCAGCUCUAUUACAGUAUCAGUUCCUAAGGACCUUGUAGGCGGCCUGGAGCUCUUUCUCUCCAACUCAUCUUGUCGGGGUGUCUCCAAUGGCACACACAUCAACCUCAACUUCAGCCUCAAGACAUGUGGCACAGUAGUUGAGGUGACAGCUAAUAAGAUUGUAGGGACCAACCUGGUGACAGGUCUCCCCAGGAGCAGCCCAGGAAGCAGCGGGGACUUAAUAGUCCGCACCGGCAAGUUGGUGCUCCCAGUUACCUGUGAGUUCCCCAGGGAAUAUCAGGUUUCAGACGGAUACCAGGCAAGCCAGCGCAACUCAGCCCUAGAGCUGGAGGGCCACAGUGAGGGGGUCUUCACUUUCUCCCUAGAGCUUUUUAAGGAUGCCCAGUUUUCAGAGGCCUACCGCACCCCACCCCAGCUCCCCCUGCAUGACUCCCUCUUCUUUGGGGUUGAGCCUAAGGAGAGAGUGGAUGGUCUCUCUUCCCUGGUGGAGAGCUGCUUUGCUACACCGGGGCCCAAAGCUGACCAGGCCCUCAAGUACUACCUCAUCAGAGAUGGAUGUAUUGCUGAUGAAACAAUGACACAGUACUCGUCAAAGGACCAGCUCUCUAAGCACUACCAGGUCCCCGUCUUCAAGUUCAUUGGCAAGGACAACCGACAAGUGUUCCUGCACUGCCAGGUGCUAGUGUGCCGGGCAGGAGACUCCCGCUGUGCUCAGCACUGUCGGGGACGCGUCCGACGGGAGGUUCAGACGGAUGAACCUCAGGAGCAGCACGCAUUGAGCGCAGGCCCCAUCAUUAUCCUGCCUUAA